AUGAAAUCAGCUGCAAAUAUAGGUCAAGUGCAGAAGCUUACAAAGCCCCGUGCGAAAACUUCCUAUGUUAAAACUGCUGAAUUUAGGAAAUUGUCAAGACAGUCUGUACUAUCUCCAGAAAAAAUUGAUGAUCGAUUCAAAGGCGUGCGAAACUUUGGAAUAAUACGCUUAUCUCGAUUACUGGAAGAUAAAGAAUUUUGCGUCAUAAAUGAUGAAAAGGAACUGUCCAAAAAUGAUAUUGAAAAGCUCUUGCAUGAGCAUGCGGCUAAAGUUGUACAAAAUCCCGGAAAGAAGACGUUUUGUGUAAUUGUAGGGAAUCCAAAAUGGUGUAAAUCAAAAAAUGUUACUCAAAGUGGACUGUAUGACGUUGCUACGAUAAGUUGGCUCAAGAGAGUGACGGAGAAGAAAAAUUGGUCAAAUUUAAAAACCUGGUAUCCUUGGGAAGUGCUAUCUACUCGGUCGUCAACCAAACGUCAAAUCACUCAAAUUUAUGAUGAAUUCAAUGAUAGCUUUACAGAUGACGCUAAUGAGGGUACGCUUAAACGUACCCUCGAGAAAUCUAAACAAGCGAUAAAGGACCAACAUUUUUCCGUUGCUGAUUUGGAAUUUAUGGAUAAAAAAUUGUUUGAAGCUGGCUUGUCGCCUUUCUCAAUAUUUAGAGGCAUUAUAGGAUAUUUCCAAAACGCUGAAAAUAACGACAAAUUUGUAUUUCGAUUCAUGGCAGGAACCAUCUCUACGAACAUCAAUGAAAAAGUGACCCAUAUAUUUGUUUACUUAAACUGUUCGAGUAUCUUUGAACAUUACGAAGAUCUUUUCGUUUGUCAGAAACUUAAAAUUAAAAUGAUCAAUGGCAAGUGGAUAUCAGAUUGUUUUAAAAAGAGGAAACUACUUGCGGUUGAGCAAUAUAUUAUCCUGGGUUCAUAUAUGUUAGAUUCUAUAGUGAUCCGAACCAAAAACUUGAUAACCAAAAACUUGACGUCGAGGGGACGACACAAUUGAUAUCAACUGAUUUUUCUGUAUAUCCAGGUAUCUAUAUCUGAAGGCGUAGAAUCGGGGUGCAGUACCUUGAGUCCAAGGAACUGACCAUUAUGCCACCCUCUUUAAUGUUUCGAGGCUGACUUUUAUGAACAGAGGCCGAAGAUUUGUAGAUAAGAAGUCAUUGUAUUUUGGCGGUGUAUUGAAAGUCAAGAUGUGCAAACUGCGUGGUUUGUGCAACAACGUUUAAAAUAUUGAUUUUAACAUAUUAGAUAAUCAUAAAUAUGCACGAGUUUGUGCGUUUAUAUAAGAAUAUAAUCCUUU